ACUGUGGCGUAGUGUAUCGAUGAUGGAACUGAGCGUCUGCAAAGGUCGAUAGUGAAGAAAGUUUGUUUAAAGUUUUUGUUUCGCAAUGCAAACUCAAAUGAUGCUGUUGGUGUUGCUGUGUGACUUCAAUAGAAUUAACAAAGUCAAAGGCUCGGUCGUCCUGAAGAGUGUCCCACCAACAGCCGCUGAUGGUGAACUGUUGACCCUGGUCUGCAGCAAAUCGACACCAGACCACAGCCAUAGAGAUGUGUCCUGGUAUCGCGAUGGUGCCAAGGUCUUUGUGACAAAAAGGUCAUCCGCUAUAUAUAACAUUGACUCCAGUGUCCGGAACAGCUACCGGUCAGGACGGAUCAAUGUCCACUGUGAUGCCCUCCAACACAACGUGACCAUCAGGAUCAACUCCACUAUAGAUAACGGUACCACCUGGUGCUGCAGGGACGCAACGACGAGCAACACAGUGAUGAUAAAUGUCGAGAGCAAGACAUCUUGGACUACAACGACAAGGACGACAGUUAUGUCAUCAUUAGCAACUACUGACACAACCAGCAUUCAGACAGAUAAACCAGACUGCGACGAGUUACGUGAUGUCCUGUACCUCGUGGCUACAGGUGUAGGGGGCGUUGUGUUUGGCAGCAUCGUGUGUGUCGCCAUCUUCAUCACAUGGUUUAAAAAGUGCAGGAAAAGAGAUGCCAACUUGUACGACUCUACAUAUCCACGUGAAGACAUGGGGCACCUGUAUUGUCCAGUUCAGGCUGGGACUGAGGCACCGAACUACGUCAAUACAGAGGCUGCCAACGUUACCAGCGACGUGGCUGCUGAUGCUGGAGAUACACAUUACUACAGCUUUGUGGGGACCAAGGGUGCUAGCAGGGACCCUCUUCUCAACUAAAACAUGGACUAUAUGCCACCACAUAACCCUGCUCUCAUAAUAUCACAUUCUAUUUUUGCUUGUUCAUUUCAGUUUAGUCAUGUUUAGAAUUGUGCAUUGCUUUUCUAUUUGAAGCUGGUUUCAACGCCUAGGCUUCAAAUUAACCUUGACCAGAAUGUGCACAAUGCAAAAUUCUAGUGAAUAAAUUUAUUGUAGGUGGUGUACUCAAAUGGACGAGCUUCGUGAUACCACAAACAGCUGAAUAAGGAAACUCUUGACCGAAUAGAUAUAGUUUUGAGAUUGAAGAAGCUAUGUGAAUGUGGUGAGACAUAGGGUAGGACGUCCCUAGAUACUCCUGACUGAAUGUCCAUAUAUCAGGUGUGAUAACGCCCAGGACUCCGCGAAGUUAUAACACAACUACAUUCAAGUACACAUAGCUGUACACAUAGCUGUACAAGAGACACAAAUUGAUAACACAUCAAAUACUAAUGGAAACCAAAACAGGUAGUCACGGUUAACAUUGUCAACACAUAAUGUUUUAUACAACUUGUGGAUGUUUACCGAAAACUGAAUAAUAUCCAUGUAGCAUCAUACGUUUAGAUUUAUUCUGGUUACCAUGACACCCCGUGCAUUGUAGGCGUGGUAGUCAUUAGGCAAAUAAGACAAUAUAGUAGUUUUCGCAGAAUAAGAGCGGGCCAUUUGAGAAUCUAUCCCUGAAACUGACCCGGUCUCACAAAUAACACACCCAGAAUCAAAGGAAGCAUUUUCAAGAUCAAUUUGUUACAUACAUUAAUAAAAGGCAAAUACGCCUUUUGUGAAGUUAUUCCUUUGACCUGAUGUAAGGAUCUUAUUAAAUCCAUGGAUGUGUUAUGUUACAUUUGUUAUACCUUCCGUUGUGUCAUGGUUUACAAACUGAUCAUAUUCUACGUGUAAAGCAGGAAACACAUAUUGCAAAUAACAACCACUACCGUAAUCAUAAGAAAUGUUCCAGGAGGAAAGUACCAUUCCGACUGUAUCAUGAACACGUAUUCACGAAUAAAUAGCAAUCACUGAUGAGCGGAUCCUGCUCCUGGUGUCAUUGAUGGAACAGUUGCCAGGUGUAAUAUAUCAGUUGUAAUAAAUAUUUGGUGUCACAGACUGACCUGAAAUAAUCCUGUUGCCCACAUGGUAACACCAGUGACUAUUCAGAGAUACAUCGUUCUCAAUACUCGGGAUCAGAUUGUGUGUGUACAUGUGUCAUGUUGCGGGCCACGGGGACACAUAGACAGAUGAUGAUGAUACUUGGAAACCACCAAAUUAAUCCCUGGUGCUGAUGUUUUACUUUCACACAACAGAUCUAACCAGACUGAGCAAUCAUAUCUGUGGACAACACACACUUGACGUUUAGAGAAACGUCUGGUAAGUUGUACCGACCUUGUCACAGGAGUCACCUGUUUCAGUUAUGUCACAAAAGAGUAACAAUAAUUUUACCGGACAUUUCUGAAGGCAAUAGAAAUACGUAUUCAACAAUACAGAUGGAUCAGCGUAUGUUGAAAUUUGAUCGCACGAAUUGGGAGAAUUUGGGGACUAACUUGACUUUAGGCAUGUUGUUGAACAAAACAUUAUCCUUUUGUAUUGAAUAUGGUUGUGUUUGAACAACAUUGGCAAAAUGAAUACUUGUUAGAUGCUUAUGUCUGUCAUUACUGGUUCGAAAAUAAACAUGAAUAUCACGAUGGUUUGAUAUGUAUAUGUACAUAAAAUGUUUUCAACUUUGAAUAAAAGUGAUAUAUCGUCAA